CUGUUUCAGAUCACUUACUCGUCAGCGCCGUCGUCUAUCUAUACAAUAGGAACAACGGCUACGCUCGUUUGCGACCCAGGCUAUCUGGGAGGUGGACAAAGCGCAGUGCUUUGUGUAAAAACAGGAUGGUAUCCAUCCAGUGGUCUUGGUUACUGUGUUAAGCGAAACGAAUCAUCAGUCAAUGCUGGGUCGGCCAAAGCUGUCUCAUCGGCAUCGCUGGAAUGUGCUGCGCUAGGAAGUGUACCGGACGGACAGCUCAUCUAUAGCACGCUUGCACUAGGAGGUACUUUACAUCUAUCUAGUUUCUUCUGCUAG